AUGGGCAGCCGCGCGCUGCGCCGCCUGGCGCCGGCCAUGGCCUCGCGGACACUGUCUUCUACGACGCUCGAAGCCGCCCCCGCAGCGGCGCCCGUCGAGACGCCGGCCAAGUUCAUCAAGGAGAUGACGCCGUGGGAAAAGUUCACGACGACGAUCAUUGACGACCAGAUGGACAUCAAGGCGAUUCAGAACGCCCAGCGGGCCGUCGAGACGCUCGAAGCCGCAUGCCCGAUUGACCAAGACGACGCCUUCAUGACCUGGCUCCGGGAUACGUUUGCUGACAAGGAUGCGACGCUCGACAAGGUCGCGUUCGAAGCCCGCAUUGACGCCGUCAUUGCAAAGUUGCAGUCGCUCCAAGACGACGCCUGCGCCGGCGAGCCCACGCUCUUUGACCACAACCGGCCGUCGGACGAAAAGCUGGCGUCGUCCGUGCGUAGUAUGCACUACCUGUACGCCAAGGUCAAGUGCCAGGACAUCAAGCGGUACUUUGCGCAGCUCGACAAGGACAACGACGGCGUUGUUGCGAGUGCGGACGUGCAUACGCUUCUCGAACUCUACGCGCUUGGCUCGCCGGCGCAGUGGCUCGAACGUCAUUUUGCGGUCCUCGACAGCAACCGCGAUGGCGCUCUCUCGGAGGCCGAGAUGCAGCAGUUGUACCUCAACAUCUGCGGCGUCCACAAGAGCUUCCUCAACGACCUCUUUGAACACCACACGAUGCACAUGACCAAGGCGCACACCAAGCAGCGUCAGAAGGCGCUCUCGGAAUUCGAGUGGACGUUCAAGCUUACGGAGAAGCUCCGGUGCAUGUACCACUUUGCCGGAAUCCCCAAGGAGGUCCAGAUCGCGCAGCCGCCGCCCGUGAUUCCGCCGCGCGAGUCCAUCGACUGGGCGCUUCUCCAAGAGUCCCAGGCGGCCGAGCUCCCCGAGUUUGACCGCAUGCUCUCGCACUACAUGGCGGCCAUCCACGACGCUCGGCGCGAAUUUUACGUGCAGAAGGACGCGACGCGCGUCACGCGGAUCCAAAGCGGCGCCUUCCUCGUCUUUGUCACGGUCACCGACGUCCUCAUCUCGCUCAUGUAAGACGAGAAGAAAUGGAGAAUAAUAGACGACGACACUAUUGUGCACAUCUUUAAAAAAGACAACUUGUCCGAC